AAAGGCAAUAUUUUGUGGCCAACAUAUUUGUUCAGUAUGAUGUCUCCCUAAGUGGAAAUAAAUGGAUGAUUUAACUCCGACGUUUAAGUCGUAUUUUGCCUGAUAAGUGCUGUAAUUUAACAUUACAAAUUCAUCGUUUCAUACCAGCUUGUAUUGACUUUGUUUUGUGAUACAUAUCAAAUGGAAGAAGGAUUAUUAACCAUGUAAUUUAUACAUUAGAGGAUUUCAACAUUUUGGUGAAUUUGAUAUUUAUCAUGUUUUUGAAGUAGAACUCAAAUAUACAAGAUGCCUUCGAAGGGCCGAUAUACAGCUGGCAAGCAAGUUUCAAGAUGGGAGGCUGACUCGGAAAACAUCGACAUAGAGUACAAGAACCUUGAGGGCCAGAGUAACGGACCAGCAGGGUCAUGUUCAAACUGUACCUGUCCUCUUGGGGAGAAGAAACCGGUUGUGAUAAAAGUGUUGCUGUUCAUUAUUGUGUUUGGAGCCGGACUUGUGCUGGGUUUCAUUGUGAGGAAAACUGUGGAUAAAGGCGGGAAAUCGAUUCCAGAUGUGCCUGUGGACAUGGAAGGUCUCUUUCGAAUACAGCAGGAUUACAACCAGGAGUUCAGCCAACUCAUGCAGGAUGAUCUCGAGGAUGUCAUCAAUUAUGAAGACCACAUGAAUAUCAUCACGGAGUGUGUCCAUAUGUCGGGAAUGGGCUCAGCCAAUAAGCUGCUGGAUUACGUCGAAGCUAAAUGGAGGACUUUCCCUUUUGACACCAUCAAAAUAAAGCGUUACAACGUCACUUUAUCAUACCCAAAUUACACAAACAUCGACGCUAAUGUGGUGACAAUGCACGCGGCCAACGGGACCCUGGUGUUCAGGAGCCAGUAUAAUCGGUCGAGCGAACACCCGGAGUAUCUUCCUUUCAGUGCCUAUUCCCCUUCCGGUAUCGUCAAAACGAAGAGAGUAAUAUACGGUCAUUAUGCCAGAAUGAACGAUCUCAAAAGAAUUGAAGAGCUGCACGUAUCCAUAAAGGAUGCAAUUUUACUGGUUCGAUAUGGCAAAAUUACUCCAGCCAGCAAGGUAAAAAACGCCGAGCAGAGAGGCGCUGCAGGAGUCAUAUUGUACUCUGAUCCCGCUGAUUAUGCAGGGAACCAAUCAUCGGUGUAUCCGGAAAACUGGUGGCUCCCGGGUUGGGCCGUUCAACUGUCACACGUCAGAUAUCAACUUUCUGGAGAUCCCAAAACGCCAGAUUAUUCUUCAAUUACCGGAGUGCAUCAUAAAACAGAAACUAAAUCACAUUUUCCAAACAUCCCAGUGCAGCCAAUAAGAUACAUAGAUGCCAAAGUAUUACUUAGUAACAUGAAUGGGCCAAUAGUAGACAAUGACUGGUACGGAGGUUUGGGGAUAAAAUACCGACUUGGACCUGGUUACAUAGACGACAGAGAGGUGACGUUGUACGUAGACAACAUGAUACAAGAAAGGAUCAUUGAAAACAUCAUAGGCGUCAUGAAAGGACACGCUGAACCAGACAAAUAUAUCAUUAUCGGUGCCCACAUUGAUUCCUGGAUUCAGGGCGCAGUUGAUUCUGGGUCGGGGUAUACUGUUCUUCAGGAGUUAGCUCGGUGUUUUGCUUACCAUGUUAACAAAGGAUGGAAGCCGAGGCGGACCAUCAUGUUUGCAUUGUGGGAUGGAACUAAGUAUGGAAGCAUAGGUUCUUAUGAGUGGGUCCAGGAAUACGAACAUCAACUUCAAAAUGGUGCAGUAGCUUACAUUAACCUCGACUCUUUAAUCAGAGGUAACUUUAGUUUCACGAGUGCAGCUGACCCCUUACUGCGGUCGGUCCUUAUAGCGGCCACAAAGACCGUCCGACUGAACUGCACAGGAAUCCCGGGAUGCCAAAAAGACGCCACAGUCUAUGACCAAUGGUUGCAAAACUUACACCAAACUGGGGAUAAAGAUUCAUUAAGAUUCGAGUCAAUGGGAGAUGACAGCGACCAUGGGGCCUUUCUGUAUCGAACCGGGAUACCGGUGGUCUUUCCCCGCUUCACCUACGAUAAAAAUAGAUAUCCAGCUAUGACGUCAUAUCCGGCUUAUGGAGCAUUAGAAGACACCAAAGAAUACAUCGAAACAUUCAUUGACCCUGACUACACGUUGCACAUUACGAUGGCCAAAGUUGUAUCCGAUUUGAUUCUACGGCUGUCCGACUCCGCCAUACUCCCCUUUGAUUUAAACGGCUUGAUUGACGCGUUAAAAGACGGGAACCAGACAGUGAAUGUUGUUGCCAGACAAUUGCAAUCAUAUGGUUAUGACAUCAGUGAUGCCACCAAGGUUUUGAGCAGGGUUACACACAGGUUCGUUGACGUGGCCAAUGAUCUCAUGGAGGAUAUCAACAGUAUUAAAACACGAAAGUUCUCUAACUUCAGUGAGUUUGAUUUGUACCAUCUUAACCAUAAAUUGGUUCAACUGAGCCGAGCUUUCAUCUCUGACAACGGGCUUCCACACGCACAACAUUACAGGAAUAUUCUCUAUGCGCCAGACAUUGCAGAUAUUCAAAAUGAUCUCAUCUUUCCGGGAAUUGUCUUGCCAGAAGACAGAAAUGAAAUUAAUGAAGUGCUGGUGGACAAUCUCAAACAACAGAUAUCGCUUAUCGUGUUGGCUAUAAACCGAGCUAACGAAAUACUUAGCGAUGGUCUUCUAACUUGAAGACGGAUAGUUCAAAUUCUUAAAGAACUGAAUAGUUACGGGUAUUCCUAGGCAUACUAGUAAAGCAAUACUAACAUGGAGUGUUAAAUACAUAUCAGUUAUUUUUAUACUACACUUCAGAUAUUGACGAAAUUGAUAUAUGGCUGAGUAAAUAUGGGUUUAAGGACAUCGAAUGAAGACGUCGGAUAGCAACAGUUGUUGUCAAUAAGCGCUGUAAAGGCAUCUUCAGGCAACUGCUGGACCAAGAUUGUGAAAUGAAAAUAUAUUUGGCCUCGUCAGACGUAGGGGGAUGGACGUAUAUAAUAAAUAUCAUUUUCAAUUGAUAAACAAAAAUAACCAACCUUCGACACGCAUUGCGGGACAUGUUAGACGUAAUAUACGUUUUAUAGAAGUUAAUGAAUAUAAAGAUGACAUACAACACAAAAUUCUGGUUGAAUUGCGUUUUCGUGACAUAUAAGGCACAGUCACAUAACAUUUGGCAUGGAAGGCACAGUCACCUACCAUUUGACGAUAAUUCAAUGUCAAUUAUGUAUGUGUACUACGUUUGAAAAUAUAUCAAAAGGUGAUAAUAAUAAUUUGUUAUUAAUAAUUUUCUUGAUAAGUAUUUUAAGUAUAAAAUUGGAG